CCUAUCGCGCCCCUAGAUGGCGCUGUUCCCGCUCCGCACCAGGGCCGCUCUAUGGUAGGGGGCGGGGAGGGAGCGGACGCGGGAAAGUUUGUAGCAGACGUAGAGCAGAGAGCGGAUCGCUUCCCCGGGCAGAAUGAAGGUUAUAACGUGUGAGAUUGCCUGGCAUAACAAGGAGCCAGUGUACAGCCUGGACUUCCAGCAUGGCACCGAUAGGAUCAACCGUAUGGCGUCUGCCGGAGUGGACACGGCUGUGAGGAUGUGGAAAAUCGAGAAGUCUCCGGAGGGCAAAGCCAUCGUUGAGUUUGUGGCCAGCCUUGCCCGCCAUACCAAAGCCGUCAAUGUGGUUCGGUUCUCCCCAAAUGGAGAAAUCCUGGCCUCAGGGGGAGAUGACGCAGCGAUAGUGUUGUGGAAACUGAAUGAGGCCAAGGAGCCCGAGGCAACUCCGUUUCAGGAACAGGAUGAGCCCGAGCUCAACAAGGAAAACUGGACUGUGCUUAAAACUUUGAGGGGGCACCUGGAGGAUGUAUAUGAUAUCUGCUGGACUCAGGACAGUAACUUCAUGGUGUCGGCGUCGGUAGAUAACACUGCCAUUAUGUGGGAUGUCACCAAAGGUCAGAAACUGUCUAUAUUCAAUGAGCACAAAAGCUACGUGCAGGGUGUCACCUGGGAUCCACUGGGCCAGUAUAUUGCCACUCUCAGCUGUGACCGGAUAAUGCGAGUUUACAAGACGGAGACCAAGAGAGUUGCUUAUAACGUGAGCAAGAUGGCGUCUGCUCCUGGCGCUGACGGAGAGGUAAAAAGUUUCCGCAUGUACCAUGAUGACAGCAUGAAGUCCUUCUUUAGGAGAUUGACUUUCACUCCUGAUGGAUCUCUGCUUAUAACCCCAGCUGGCUGCGUGGAAUCCGGGGAGUCGGUCAUUAACACCACGUACGUCUUCUCUAGGAAGAACCUAAAGCGACCAAUGGCACAUCUCCCCUGCCCAACAAAGGCCACCCUGGCUGUGCGCUGCUGUCCUAUUUACUUUGAGCUGAGACCAACUGUAAAAGAUGAUUCUGGGGAGUCCCAACCGCAGGGUCUCAUCACCCAGCCAUACCGUAUGGUGUUUGCUGUCGCCUCAGAAGACGCUGUUCUAUUCUAUGAUACACAGCAGCUGUUCCCUUUUGGCUACGUGUCUAAUGUGCACUAUCACACACUGAGCGAUAUUUCAUGGUCCAGUGAUGGCAGGUUUCUAGCCAUCUCCUCCACCGACGGCUAUUGCUCCUUUGUGACCUUUGAGGAGGGUGAGCUUGGGGUUCCUCUGAAGGAAAAACCUGUCCCUCUGAUCCCCAAGACUCCAGCAACCGAGAGGAAGAUCAAGAAAGCUCAGUCUAAGAAGGUGUCCUCUCCAGGAUCCCGACAAGAACUGACUCCAUCUAACAAGUCCAUGGAACAUUCCACUCCAUCCACUCCCAUGAACAGCAGAGCUGCGGCUGCCUCCGGAAGUAGAGAGUGCACCCCAGUCAGCAGCCACUCACUCUCCUCCACCCCUAACUCAGAGGAUAAGAAAAGCAAAGGCGGGCAGCCACGGAGGAUAAUGCUAAAUACACUGGAGGCCUGGAGCAAACCUACUACACCCUCCCCAAGGCGGAUCAGUCUCAUCUCGGUGAAAACCAAUUCCCCCGGUUCUGCACAGAGCAGCCCAGCCCCCAGUACUGCGCCGAGACCCCAAACCAGCCCCAGCGUGUCCCCAAGUGAGGAUGCGGGCUGCAAAUCCCCAGAAUCAAAGCGCUUAAGAACUGAGGAUUCCCCGAGCUGCUCCUCUGCUGACAAGCCCAGCACCACCGACCAGACCAACAAAUAACAAGAUAAAUGUUGGACUCUCCCAGUUGGUUUCUCCCAGUUUCCCCUGCAGCCCCUCCUUGUUCUGUGCAGUCUUGUUGCACCAAUGAACUUUAUUUGUUCUGUUCCACAAAAAUGCGCUCCCUCGCCGCAGCUUUUCUGACACUUUGCAGGGGGCCAUUUUUAAAGUUUUUUUUUGUAUAAUGAAAUAUCCUCUCCAUUUCAGUUGUUCAGUAACACCAGUGCUGAUUGGUCGCUUUCUGGUGUUGUGUUGCCGAACAUGGAGCCGUGCUACUGGGGUGGGCUGUAACAUUCACAUCCAAUUUACAGCCUCUCCAGCAUAGGGAUAUUUGUAUAUAUAAAGAGGAGUUCCUGCUGUAUAUAGGCCCUGUGUUUUGUACAAGAGACAACAUGGGGAAUAGUGUUUUUUUUUUUACAGAAGUAAUUUUUCCUUUAUUCUCUAUUAGAGAAUUUGGUUAUAAAUGGUGGCUAUGGGGUAGUGCCGCUACUAUUGUGCCACUUCAGUGCGGAGGAGGUGGCUGUGAUUUCUUAAUAUGAUAUUUUCCAAGAAAGCCUUAAUGUUACUGUUUGAUACUUAUGACUUUUUCAGGUCUUACAAGCUAUAACUCCCGCCAUGCCCGGUCGGCCAUGAUUGCAUUUUACUCUUCAGUUCUUGAACACGUAUGCUCAGUUACCUUUCUGUCCAAGGGCAUACUAUCUUAUUAAUAUGCAGAGACUGACAAUGCAAGUGCCACUCACUUCCUGUUCCGCACUCACAUCAGGAAAUGCAGAGUGCAAAGGAAAUGAGUUCCUCCAUCUUUAUGGGGAGAAAGAUAUAAAUCAGACUGCAUUAGUGUUUCUUGUGCGUCGGAGGUUUGAUUGGAGGAAAGGACGUUGUUAGCCAGAAUGGUUUUGGCUGGCUGGUAUUGGCCAAGUUGCACUUUUCUUGCGGAUUGCUGGUUUGUAAGCUGUACCCCUUGUGUAUUAUACUUUUGAACUGACGGGGCCCCUGAUAAUUUCAUUAUCCAAACAUCAGUUUUAAAGAGGUUGUUCACCUUUGAGUUAACUUAACUUUUAGUGUGAUAGAGUGAUAUUCUGAGACAAAUUUCAGUUGGUCUUCAUUUUUUGUUUGUAGCUUUUUAGUUAUUUCACUUUUUGUUUUUUGCUCUCCAGUUUGGAGUUUCAGCAGCU